GCUGCUGUCCCGGGCGGGCGGCGGGCUGGGGGUGGUGCUGCCCGGAGGGCGGGCGGGGGGUGGGGUAGGGGUGGAGCUGGGGACUCGGGGAGGGUGUACCCGGGGGCGGGAGGCUGGACCAGGACGGCUCUAAAUGGGCUGGAGGGGGCCCGUGGCGGGGAAGUUGCUGGCUGGGGACAGAGACGGCCACGCGGUUGCAGGAAUUGGCCAACGGCUCCUUUCAACCCUGCCUCGUUGGUGGCCACUGGAGAAGCGCGGGGGGCUCCCCAGACAGCCGUGGGGACCUUAGAGCCAGCACUGUACCCCGGGCCUCGCGUGUAGCGUCCCCUUCUCUGCUCUUGGUGCCCCGGUGUCUGGGAGGGGGGUGCGGGGGUGUGCCCUCCUUACAUGUUCCACCCCUCCCCCGGGCAACCCCCAGGGCUUGUGUUGCAUCUAGCUCUUGCUUCCUGUACAGUGGGCAAGGGCAAGCACUUUGCAUCAUGUCCCGGUAUAGCUACCAAAAUCUGCUGGACUGGCUCUAUGGGGGCGUGGACCCCAGUUUUGCAGGCAAUGGGGGCCCCGACUGUGCUGCCUUCCUCUCUUGGCAGCAGCGGCUGCUGGAAAGUGUGGUGGUGCUGACCCUGGCCGUGUUGGAGAUCCUGGUGGCUCUGCGGCACAUCCUGAGGCAGACGAAGGAGGAGGACGGUAGGGGUGGCCAUGCCAGCCAGCCAGAGCAGGUGACCCAGCGGCCAGAGGAAGGCAAGGAGAGCCUGAGCAAGAAUCUGCUCUUAGUAGCCCUGUGCCUGAUCUUCGGGGUGGAGGUGGGCUUUAAGUUCGCCACCAGGACCGUCAUCUACCUGCUCAACCCCUGUCACCUGGUCACCAUGAUGCAUAUCUUUCUCUUGGCCUGUCCUCCAUCUCCCGGAGCUAUCGUUGUCUUCAAGCUACAGAUGCAUAUGUUGAAUGGGGCUCUGCUGGCACUGCUGUUUCCUGUGGUAAACACCCGGCUGCUCCCCUUUGAAUUGGAGAUCUACUACAUUCAGCAUGUUAUGCUCUACGUGGUGCCCAUCUACCUGCUUUGGAAAGGAGGUGCUUACACCCCAGAGCCCCUCAGCAGUUUCCGGUGGGCUCUUCUUUCAACUGGCCUCAUGUUCUUUUAUCACUUCAGCAUCUUGCAGAUCCUCGGCUUGGUCACCGAAGUGAAUUUGAACAACAUGCUGUGUCCGGCCAUCUCAGACCCAUUCUACGGCCCCUGGUAUCGCGUCUGGGCCUCGGGACACCAGACUCUCAUGACCAUGACCCACGGGAAGCUGGUUAUCCUGUUCUCAUACAUGGCUGGGCCCUUGUGUAAAUAUCUGCUGGAUUUGCUCCGGCUUCCAGCCAAGAAAAUAGACUGAAGGUGCUUGUUAUUAUUUUAUUUUUCUCCCCAUAGAAGCAAGUCUUGGCUUGCCUUGGAGAACACCCAGUUCUUGAUGAAAUCAUGGGAGAGGGCAGUAGGCUGUUUGGUGUAUUUCUACCCCCAACCCCCCAUCCUUUUCUUCCUCUACUUUUCCUUCCCCAGCUCUUCCCUCCAGAUGUCUCCUUGGGCCUGAAGCGCAUUGGCAUUUUCCUCCUCCCUGUCGGCUCUUUCCCCUGCUCCUAGUGGCCUUAUGUGGCAAGGUGGUGGUCAGCAGCUCCUUCUUUCUGCUUGUUGGUGCUUUCACAUCAGCUGCCUGAGGAAACAGGGAACAACACGCAAACAUUUUUGUGGUACCAAAGUGCUACAGAUAGGUUGUGUUUCAUUUUUUUUUCCACUGCCAGGGACCCCCAUGCUUAUGCUGGGAUCCCCUUUUGUCUCCUACACUGACCUCACAGUUAAGGGGGACUGAGGCCUUGUUUCCAUACCAGCGGCAAUCCCAGAGCUGAGGGAUUUCCCAGUUCAUGGGCAAUAUAGAACUGGCCAGAUUCUUCACCCUAAUAUCCCAUGACUCAAAGCACGAAGCCAACCAGCCUAUGCCUUCAGGAUGCUGCGGAAGAAGGGGAGCAGUGUAUUCCCCCAAGACAGCUGAGGAGAACCUUGCAAUGACAAAUGCAAAGGGUAGGGGGUUAAAAAUGUAGCCAGGACUAGACAGGGCCCUGUGCAGAUUCUGCCCAUGAGAGCUGAGAACCAACCCAUAUCACAAUCAGUAGUGAACAUAGAAAUGAAGUGGUGAUUUGAGAAAACUGUGAUUUGAACCAUGCACUGCAUUCUAGCUUGACAUUGCUAAUAAAUUUCGUCAUUUCAUCUCAA